CUGGAAGGCACGCACGCAAUGGAAGGGCAGAACUCUCCGAGAGAGGUUGAGACAGAUCCUAAACUGCGAACUAGUACUGGAUAUCAACUCCCACCAGACUCGGUCCGUACAAACUUGGAAGAGACUUCUGGGUCUUGCUCAUACUCCAAUUUCUCUCCUUGGCGGAAAAAUACCAUUCUAUUCAUUGUCAGUUGGAUGACUCUUGCGGCAACCUUCUCGAGCACCUCCCUCCUCCCUGCCAUCCCCGAGAUCACCUUAGAGUUCUCAACCACGACGGAAGCCAUCAAUAUCAGCAAUGCUGGUGUUAUCAUUGCCAUGGGGAGUUCGUCUCUGAUUUGGGGGCCGAUUAGCGGGAUAAUAGGACGCAGGAAUGCCUAUAACGCAGCCAUAUUUGUUUUAUGUAUCUGCUCGGUGGGGGCAGCUGCUGCACCAGAUUUCCGGACUUUUACGUCCAUGAGAGUGCUAGGCGGAUUCACAGGCACUUUUUUUAUGAUUGCUGGACAGACUAUACUUGCAGACAUCUUCGAGCCAAAAGUCCGUGGCACAGCCGUUGGCUUCUUUAUGGCUGGGUCAGUUAGCGGGCCAGCGAUAGGACCAUGCGUCGGCGGUGUCAUAGUGACCUUUACCAAGUGGCGAGUAAUAUACUGGGUUCAAGUCGGCAUGGUUGGUUUCGGCCUUGCACUCUCUUUUCUUUUCAUUCCGGAUAUCAAAAAGGCGAAUGAAAACGGGCAAGAUGAAGACAAUAACAUCGAAAUAGAUAAUAGAAGAUCAUUAUCAACGCCCGAGAUACUUGCAAAGUUCGAUCCAAGAGGAAUCUUUAGGCUACUCAUGUACCCUAACAUCCUUUUUGCUGAUUUGACUUGUGGUUUUCUGGCCUUUUAUCAAUAUGCGCUUCUUACCUCGGUCCCCUCCAUAAUCAAUCCACGUUUUCACCUCACGACACCUCUUGUUAGCGGUUUAUUCUAUCUUGCCCCAGGGGCUGGAUUCCUGUUUGGCAGUAUAGUCGGCGGCAGACUGUCCGACCGAACAGUUAAGAGAUAUAUUGUGAAAAGAAAUGGGGUACGGCUACCGAGGGACAGGCUCAACAGCGGAUUGCUAACCUUGUUCUUCGUUCUUCCCGCUGCCACACUAGUCUACGGCUGGACUCUCCAAAAAGAGGUAGGAGGGGUGGCCGUGCCGAUUAUUAGUGCAUUUUGGGGCGGAGCAGGUCUAAUGGGCUCAUUUAAUGCGUUGAACACAUAUACAGCAGGAAAUACCAAUGCUAAUCAGAGGAUCGAUGAAGAAGUGCUUCCAUGGAGCAGGCCAGAAGUCAUCGGUGGCAAAUACAUUAUCCAAUAUUUGUUUGCAGCGGGAAGCACUGCUGCCGUUGUGCCAUUGAUAAGUUCUAUAGGUGUUGGGUUGACAUUUACCAUAUCCUAUUAG